AGUUGCCAUUCGUGAAAAGUAAAAUGAAGGCAUAAGACGCUUCAUCAUCUCGUCACCAUUGCAUCACGUUUCACAUUUUAUUCACAUAGUUUAGAAGAAAGAAAAAAAACCUUUUCACUCCAUCCACAAAAAUAGAAACAGUUUUCUUUGUUAUUUUUAAUUUGUGACAGUGAAGUAAUUUAUUUUCAAAUAAAUUUUGAAAAUUUUCGGAAUUCGAGUAAAGACAGUUUUCUUGACACAACACAUUCCUUUGUGUAUAUUGCAACCGUAAGCAUAAUCAGAGAAAAUACCGUUUAAAGGUCACGAGAAAUGGCAUCUCCAUCGAUUGCAUCGUAUUUUAACGUUCGGAAAAGAGCCGCUGCCGACGAUAUUGUGAAUGCCAGAAAUAAAAUAAGUCGUUUGGAAUCGACGAAUGAAUCGUCGAAUCGUGCUCAGGCGUUGGUGGAACGGGCGAUUUUGGCCAAAAAUAAAUUAGUUGAUGCUGAUGCAUUUGGUACAAGCCCAAGCACUACCACAGUGAACAAUGCAAAAGUAGUGGAAUCGGCACCAGUUCAGGCCAAACCAACCAUUGAAAAGCGUACCACACGACGCACUGCCAAGCGCACAGCAUCGGCCAUCUCAACGAAUGCCGCGAGCAAAGAGCCACUGAAGCAGCAGAAAAUUGUGAAAUUCACAUUGGGCGGAUCACUAUCGCCGCGCAAGAAAUCCACCAGUUCACCAGCUAAAGCAUUCCAAUCGAUCGAACGGAAUGCCAGCACCGAACGUACGACACCAACAAAACAAUCAAAGACUGAUGAAUCGAAACCAUCAACAUCGGACACAAACAAAGCCAGCAUUGUUAACAAGAAUUUGACCAAUGUACGAAAGGAAUUGUCAUUUGAGGAGAUAAAAUCGAAAAUUGGACGCAGCUCACGUCUUGAUGAUCUGAAGGCCCUAUUGAAUAAACGACAACAGCUUGACGAACAACUGCAAGCUUGUAUCAACAAACGCAACGCCAAGCAAAAGGCAAACAACUCACCAGCCAAACUGGGCGGGCAGAGUCUCAAGGAAUUUGACACAAUUGAACUAGAAGUUUUAUCAAGUCCACAGAAGGGUCUUCGAACACCGACCAAAACUCCCGUUAAGACUCUACGCAAAGAGCUAGGCAGCGCUGAAAAGCAUCCAGUCGCUCACGAUGAUUUGAUGUCACCGAAAAAGGCUGCUACACCACGUCGUCUCUUCAGCCCAACGAAAUCGAACGCUGUGCCAGCGUAUCAACGUUUUGCAAACUUAGCAAGCGAUGCAGUCAGCACAUCAUUGCAAUUGCCAUACAAAUACCGUAGCCUACUGGAAACAUUCCGUUGUGUCGAUUCGAUUUGUGCCAUGUUUUAUAAUCGCAAGGAAACGAUUACAUUCAAAAAGCUGAAGCCAGCCGUACAGCGUAUGAUGCGUAAAAAUCUGAUGGAGAAUCAUUUGGCACAAAUCAAGUAUUUGGAUCCAGAUGCGUACAUGUUCGAGCAACGUAAAAUGUUGAACCCGGGCUCGCACACCAAAUACGAUUACUACCAAUUGGUUAUCACACCGAACGUACAAUCAUUGCCAGCUAACUACGGAACCAACGAUGAGAUUGGUAUACAGAAACUCGAUGACGAUAACAUCGUUCGCAAAGCCGACACCAAGACAAUGAAUCCACAGAUAAUGAUCGCACGUUAUCAACGAUUCCAGCGAAUUCUUUUGGAUCGUGUAAAGCAUGAGCACGAUGUAUUCCUGCGCAGUCUGCAACCACCCAUCCAUAUACCAAAAGAAAACAUCCGUCGUUGGCACGCCGAAUUCGAUUUGGAGGCUUGCCCCGAAAUAUUGCCGGGAGAAAUACCGCAACCACCAAACAUUGAGAAAUUCUCAUCAGCCAAAGACAUUUUAUCAACGGCACGGAAUCUGUUCAAUUGUGCCACACCGACGGAACGGAUGAUGGAACGGUAUGAAGCCAACCAAAUUGCGAACAAAACACCAGACACUCCAUUGACGACCGAACUAAGUGUGGCCAGCACACCGACAACGAGUACGGUCACAUUUACAGCGUCGACGCCGGCCACCGAUCCCGUCGCCAAAGUACUGAAAGGUGUACCAAAAUCACUGCUGGAGAAAAUCCGCGCAAAACAAGCGGCCAAACAACUCGACGCAAUGACACGACGACCAUCACAAGAUGCCGAAGCCAGCAAAUACGCUCGACUGCCCGAGCUAGCGCGUUACAUUCGCAACAUUUUCGUGACGGAAAACAAAGGCGUUUUGGAAAUGGACAAAGUUAUAGCGAAACUUGAGAAUAGCUUCCGUGAGAAGAUGACCCGCGACAAUCUGCGCGAAUUGCUUGAAUUAAUGUCGAAAGAAGCACCACGCAAUUGGCUUACCUUCCAUUUCAUUCGUAAGACUGAUUUCAUUAAAAUCAAUCGUCAUGAGAAUUUGGCCGAAGUUAUUAAGGAUUUGGAGCGCAAAGCACAGCAAAAAGCUGAAUAAGCAAGCCACCACGAACAGUGUUUAUUCGACUGAUAAUACCAUACCAAAAUGAGGAAAUGAAAACAAAGAAUAGAGAAUUAGCUUUUAUUUAAAAGAAAAUUUAUAAGAUUUAGGACCAAUUUUUCAAUUGUUUUUUUUCCCUUUAAAGUUUGAAUACCGAUUGAUUAUUUUGAAUGUGUUUUUUUUAAAUUUCCCUUUAACCAGGUUAGGUGUGCAUUUUCAUUUUCUUAAAGAAUAUUUUUUCAAUAUUAUUUGUUGACAUGCCACUAUCUCAAAAUAACCAUGAAAGCACGACAAUAAACCCAAUUUCUUUUGCAAUUUUAACUGUGUGCAUUUUCAUGAUUUUAAUUUUUUUUAUUUCCGUUUGUGAAAAAAUGAAACAUUUUGAGUUGCAAUUGUAAACAUUUGUUACUUUAAUCUAAUACUUUCGAAAAAUUGGCGUAAGCCUGUGACACUCAGGGGAAUUUUUAAUUUCUUUCGUUUUCUUAAAUUUUUUAGUAAACAAUGUGUUGUAAUCAACAAAAAGCGAAA